AAGUAGGCUGGGAAAUUUUCGAUCUGAGCUUUGUAAUAGCUUUCGUCACUUGAUUCUCCAGUAAGCCAUAUAAUCCACUGUUGCUCCAUUUUCUCGGGAAAAUUCAACUUUCCGGGAAAAUCACUUACUCUGCAGUUCCUCAAGGUUAAGAUUCUGGCUCGAGAAAAAUAAAUUCAAACGAGUUGCACGAUCUUCGUGUUCUCGAUGCAAUCUGAAUCGUUGUCGAAAAAGGUUUUGGUUCUUCACGAAGAAAACGAAGUGGAGGAAGAAGAAGAAGAUAGCGAGAGUUUUAGCGUAGGUGUUUGUCGCCAAUGAUUCCUCCGAGAAGGAAGAAAUGGACCGAAGCGGAGGAAAAAACCCUAAUCGACAAAUACGGCGAGAUGUUAUCCGAUGGUUCGCUCGCGAAGAUGAGAACUCGCGAGAAGAAGUUUAAACCGAUAGCUUGUUACGUGAAUUCGGUUCACCACCUUCGCGAUCCUGCGGUAUACCCUUGGCAGUGGAGUUGGAAAGACGUUUCCACUAAGGUGCAGAAUAUGAGGCAUCAGUAUUUGCUUGUGAAGCAGAAGAUUAAGAAACCUGAGUUUUCAGGGAUUGAUAAUUCUGGAGGUGAUUGUGAUGGUAGUGAGUUUGAUUGGAUGGAGGGGCUUACUCACUGGUCUAAUUUUCUUCGGUAUAAGGAAGUGUUUGGUGAUGUUGCUCUUGUUGUUGGUGGUCAUGCUCACGGUGGUAAUAAUGAUUUGACGGGGAUUGCGGAUCGUGAUCAUGGAGAUGACUUUAUUGGUGUUGGUGGUGGGAAUGGAGGAAUGGAUAUUGUUGAGUUUGGUCAGAUGGGACAUUCGGGGGAUGGGGAUGGAGAUUUUGUGGCGGCUAUGGAUGGAGUUGACAAUGAAGUGAUAGGUUUAGGGUUUGAGUAUGAUGGUGAAGAAGGGGAGGUGAAUUUUAAUGGGAAUGGCCGGACGAGAGAAGAUGCGGAGAAUGGUUAUGUGUAUGAGGAAGGGGAAGUGACAGGGUCGGAUUUAAAGAAGAAGAGGAAGGUGGUCAAGGGGGUGGAAAAGAAGGUGUGGAGGAUUUUUGCCAACCAGUUGGGACAGUUGAGGGAAAUGGAGGCUCGGUUUGAGCAGCGCGAGGUGGAGAGAGAUCGUGAGAGACAGAGGAGGGAAAACUUGCGAGUUGAGUGGGAAAAGAGAAUGGAGGAAAGGGAAAAGGAAAGGGAGAAUAGGGAGAAGGAGAGGGAAAAUAUGAGGAGGCAGAGGAUGUCUGAUUGGGAAGCGAUAGAGAAGAAAAAUGAAGAGAUGGAAAGGAAAAGAAGAGAGGAAGAGUUGAUUCGCGAGAGGGAACAAGAGGAGAGAAUGAAUUGCAUGAGAUUAGAAUGGAAGAAGAGGAUCGACGAUAUGCUAAAUCAGCACCGAGCAGAAAUGGGCCAGGUGCAGACUCGCAUUCUUCACGAGCAACAGAAUCUUAGUAGCCAAUUGCUUGGUAUAUUCUCACAGUGGACCCCCCAACCUGCUGGCCUAUCGGAUCAUACUAGUGCCAGCAACCAUUAUCUUUCACAAAUGAUGCAAAAUUUGCACCAUGUAAAUGGAAUUGUUCAUGAAGACACUAGGGUUGAAGGAGAUAAUCAAGAAGAUCAAUUCAUUGUUGAUGGAUGAUGUAUCUCUUCCAUUUUGUGUUUCCUUGCUGAGAUGUCCAGAAACAUUUGUCACCGGAAUCGGCUUAAAGUGCACAUAUUGUUCAAUGCAUUCAUUAUUGUAUUCUCUUCAAAUAGGUAUUGUUGUAUAAUGUGUCCAGUUUAAUAUAUUAGUGUAACUAAUCUUCUAUAUAAUAAUCAUGCAUUUUGUUCCUUGUGUUCCUCUGUAUUGAACAAUGAAACUGUGAGUGUAAAGGUCACAUUUAUUUUUUGUCCAAUACAUGUUUUAAAUGCUUCUAUACAAGCUCUCAAUUUUUAAUACAAAAGAAUUGAAUAAGGAUUUCUCCAA